CUGGAGAUAUUGAACUUUGAACGCAAUCGACGUGAGAUAUUGAAGGACGAGUUGAAAGAGGUUGAUACAGAAUAUACAUAUGGCGAGUUUAAGGCUUCUUCUUUUGGUACAACGCUGCAAAUCGAUUGGGAUUUGUACUUUAAGAGCGCGCUUGGCAAACCACUGAAGCAAAGCGACACUGUUGUGGUGCAUAAGAAGACCAAGCUGGCAAAAGUUUUCGAAUUUCUGCAGCAAACAACAAUGACGCGAUUGCUGAAUUGGAUUUGGAUUGACUAUUUGAUGGACAAGAGCAGCGCUGACUGCCAGGCACUCGCGCAACACUUCUUUCAGCCCGUCUAUCAUCACAUUGUCGAACACGCCUUUCUCGAUAAAGUGCAAAUGGCGCAGCUGUAUUCGAGCAUCGGUCGCGCCUUUGACGACCAACUGCCCGCCAGCGCUUGGAUCGAUGAAAUGUCCCAGCAGAAUUCACAUCUCUUUCUGGGUCGCGUCAUGCAUCUCACCCUAAACGGCGAUGACAAUUUAGACGCCGACUAUGCCAAAUUGCAAAUCACCAACCGCAAUUUCUAUCGUAAUCUCGAGAAAGUGCAGCGCAUGCUGGCGCAACAAAGCAAGAAUCCGCGCCAUGUCACGCGCGUCGGCAGCGCUUCAAUUGCCGACACCACAAAAAUCGCNGAGCAGUGGCAGCAACACAAUGAGCGUUUGGUGCGUCGUUUAGACACUUUGUUGGCCGCGGGUCGUUUACAAUUAUCCAUGGCGAAACUUUACUUCAUCGGCUCAGUGCUAACUGAGUGUAGGCAACUGGAGAGUGUUGAGAAAAAGCAGCUGCUAAAGGGAUAUUUGCGUAACUCAUUGAAAUUUAAGCAGGCAUUCCGAUGCCGCACAACGGAUGAAGUGUAUGCGCGUAAUACAUGCAAAGUGCUCUGAAUGAAGUGGCA